GAACUUCCCAAAACGCUAGGAGUCCACAGAAACACGCUGCGACUGUAUAUGAAGCACAAUGGAGUUGAAAGAAAAUACUUCGAUCUUACCAAUACUGAUCUUGAUCUCCUCAUCAAGGAGUUCAAGAAAAAGCGACCCAAUUCAGGAAUCUGGUACAUUGUUGGGUAUCUUCACAGACAUGGUGUCCGGGUGCAACAUCGAUGA